AUGAGCUCGUUCCGCCUGCGCGUGUGCAACGCGCGUCAGCUCGUCCAGGUCUGUGCCCAUGGCGAGCGCUUCAAGGCCGGCGCGGCCCAGAACGAGCUGUCGGUGCUCGCGAACGCGUCGCUCGUGGUGGACCACACGGGCACAAUCGCGUGCGUCGGCCGCGCUGUGGACGUGGACGAGUGGCUCCGCGCGCAGCCGCAGCCCGUGCGCUUUGACAGGGACGUGGACGCGCGCGAGCUGGUGGCGCUGCCCGGUCUCGUGGACGCGCACACGCACCCCGUGUGGAGCGGCAGCCGCGUGCACGAGUUCGCCCUGAAGCUGGCGGGGGCCACGUACAUGGACGUGCACGAGAGCGGCGGCGGGAUCAACCGGACGGUGCAGAGCACGCGCGAGAGCGCCGAGGCCGAGCUGACGGCGCUGCUGCGGAGGCGACUGGACCGCAUGGCGCGCUGCGGCACGACGCUCAUCGAGGCCAAGAGCGGCUACGGCCUCGAGACGGAGUCGGAGCUCAAGCUGCUGCGGGUGCUGCACGCCGUGGGUGUCGGGGCGGACGCGCACGCGGUGGAAAUCGUCGCCACUUACUUGGGCGGCCAUGCGGUGCCAGAGGGUCGGACCGCUGCGGAGGCAACGGCCGACAUCGUGACGAAGCAGAUCCCAGCGAUCGUGCGGGCAAAGACGGACGGGACAGUGUCGCCCGAGUUCAUUGACGUCUUCUGCGAGAAGGGCGUGUUUGACGCCAACGACAGCCGCCGCAUUCUGGAGGCGGGCAAGAACGCUGGACUGGCACUCAACUUCCACGGAGACGAACUGCACCCGAUGCAGUCGGGUGUGCUCGCCAGCGCGCUGGGUGCACGUGCGGUCUCGCACUGCGAAAUGCUGACGGCACAAGAUCUUCGAGCGAUGGCAACGAACGAGCCAGAGCCCGUGUUUGCCGUGCUCCUUCCCACGACAAAGUACGUGCUGAACUUGCCCAGUCCACCGGUCCGUGAUAUGAUUGCAGCGGGUGUCCCCGUUGCGCUCGGGAGCGACUACAACCCAAACGCCCACUGCCUGUCGAUGGCUCUGACCAUGAACAUGGCUUGUGUCUUGUUUGGCAUGACGAUGGAGGAAGCCCUUGUGGGUGCUACUAUCAAUGCCGCUGCUUCGAUCAACCGGUCAGCUUCUCACGGCAGUUUGGAAGCAGGCAAGCAGGGCGACUUGGUGCUGAUGCGGGCGACUCAGUGGGAGCAGAUCAUAUACGAAAUGGGCGACCCUCCGAUCGAGCACGUGGUGAAGAAAGGAGUCAUCUGCUUCACGCAACAGCCUUCCGAGGUGUCUAUUGUCUCGCAGUAG